AUGAACAAAAUUAUUUUUAGUUUACUUAUUAUUUAUUUAUUUUUAUUCAAAUUGAUUAUAACAAAAUGUAGAAAUGGCGAAAUCGAUAAACAAGUUAAGCGCAAGUCUCUUCUUUAUAAUGAUAUUGUUGCAACUAAAAAUCAAGAUCAACAAGAAAAUAUUGCAAUCCUUGAUAAACAUUGUCACUUAGCUGAUAGUAAAUUUAUAGAACGUUGUGACCUUAAAGAUAUAAGUUCUGGACGAAAUUGUUCACCACCCGAACAAUGUUUAUUAAUAUCAUCAAGUUAUAAUUCAAGUAAAUAA